UCGUUGUGGUCCGAGGCGGGGCAGCGGGGCAGUGGGAGUGCAGGUGACUCGGGGCCGGAAGCCAGCGAUGGGCAGGGGUGUAGGCUGGGCUGUGUGGAGGGGCAUUUGUCCUCCGGGCCGGGAGAAGCGAUGGACUGAGAAAAUGCAGACCACCGGGGCACUACUCAUUUCUCCGGCUCUGAUCCGCUGUUGUACCAGGGAUCUGAUCAGGCCUGUGUCUGCCUCCCUCUUGAGUAAGCCAGAGAUCCCAGCUAAACAGCCAUCCUACAGCAGCUCCCCGCUCCAGGUGGCCCGGCGGGAGUUCCAGACCAGUGUUGUCUCCCGGGACAUUGACACAGCAGCCAAGUUUAUUGGCGCUGGGGCUGCCACGGUUGGUGUGGCUGGUUCAGGGGCUGGCAUUGGAACAGUGUUUGGCAGCUUGAUCAUUGGCUAUGCCAGGAACCCGUCUCUCAAGCAGCAGCUCUUCUCCUAUGCUAUUCUGGGCUUUGCCCUGUCUGAGGCCAUGGGGCUCUUCUGUUUGAUGGUCGCCUUCCUCAUCCUCUUCGCCAUGUGAGGUUCCAUGAGGGUCACCUACCCGUCCCUGCUGCUUCGACUUCAGGCCAUGCCUGGUGCUGGAGUGUGCUAAGCUUUACCAUUAAACACAACGUUUCUCUAAA